GUAAUAUCAGGUGCAUACGACCCUGAGUAUGCCAGUGACAGCCGGGAUACAUCCAAACCUACAGCGUACCACGAGAUGCGUCUACUCCUGGCAAGUACUAUCUAUAAUUUUGAUCUCGAGCGUUGCCAAGAAAUACGUAACUGGAAGGGGAAGGUGUACGUGCCAUGGGAGAAGAAGCCACUACUGUUUCGCUUGAAGCCGGUGGCCUGGGUUAAGUACGUGCAUCUAGAACUUCGUUUGAACUUUUAGUAACCCACUAAAUACCGAGUAAUGUCCUCAAUUACACCUUCUCAAAC